AUGUCGGCGUUAGUCAAUUAUGAGCCGCUUGUAGACACGUGCUCGGACUUGCUAGCCCUCCGAUUCGAGGAGAUGAUGAAAGCCAACUGUCCCAUCGAUCUCGGGCACUGGUUUCAAUGCUAUGCAUUUGAUGUCAUUGGAAUGAUUACAUAUGGCAAGCGCCUCGGCUUCCUGGAUAGCGGACAUGACAUCGGAGGCGUUAUUGCUGCCCUGGAGAACCACCUGGGCUACGCGACCCUCGUCGGAAUCUAUUCCGGCUUGCAUAAACGUCUCUUCCGCUUGAUGAAUUAUUGGGCAGGUGCCAAGGGCGCCGGAAGGGCUUACGUGCUACAAUUUACAAGAGAGCGGAUUCGAGAGGCACAAACCAAGCCUCAGCCAAUUCUGGCUGAAACCCAAGUCGUGGCGGAGAACUUCCUGGCCAAGUUUCUCGCGAAACAUGCUGCCAGCCCUGACACAUUUACUGCGUAUCAUAUUCUCGCCGGCUGUACUUCCAACAUGGUCGCCGGCUCAGAUACUACCGCGAUCAGUCUCUCCGCGGUUCUCUACUGCCUGUUGAGGAAUCCUGCGACCAUGGCAAAGCUGCAAGAUGAGAUCGACAGUUGUACAGCUCGAGGAGAGUUGUCGAAGAUACCGAGCUUCAAGGAGACCCAGCAAAUGCCCUACCUUCAGGCUGUGAUCAAGGAAGCCCUUCGAAUGCAUCCGGCCACGGGCUUGCCACUAGAGCGUGUAGUUCCGGAAGGGGGAGUGGAGAUACUGGACACAUUUUUCCCCGAAGGAUCGAUUGUUGGGGUCAAUACGUGGGUGGUACACCGCGACCGCCGCAUCUUCGGACAAGACGCCGAUGUAUUUGAGCCUGGAAGAUGGCUGACGGAAGACACCGAGAUCCUGUCUCGCAUGAACCGCCACUGGAUACCGUUCGGCUUGGGUUCCAGGACGUGCAUUGGCCGUCACGUUUCCGUGCUGGAGAUGUCUAAGCUACUUCCUCGCAUUUUGCGGGACUUUGAGUUCUCAUUGGAUGAGACGUUAAAGUCACGGGAAUGGAUCACAAGGAACCUCUGGUUCGUGAAGCCGAUGAACUUCAAGGUCAAUAUCCAGACACGCACUGCUCCCCGAGGCAAGAUGAACGCCCAUGAUGUCAACUAG